AUGGACACAAUGCUGUUGGAACCUUUCCCCGGGGGCCUGGAUGGCUUUCCGGCUCCGUACCUGGACGAUGAAGACUUCCUGACCGAUCAAUCUUCCCGGGACCCAUUGGAGGACGGCGACGAGCUGCUGGCGGACGAGCAGGCCGAGGUGGACUUCUUCAGCCACCAGUUGCACGAAUACUGCUACCGCGACGGGGCGUGCCUGCUGCUCCCUCCGGCGUCCUCAGCCGCCCCUCACGCCCUGGUGCAGCCGGCGCCGGCGCCGUCGUCGGGGUUUCCCGGGGAUCCCGAGGACAUCGGAGGCGGCUCCGGCUACUGCUGCGGGGCGAGCGUGGCCCCAGGAGCUUUUCCCUACUCGCCCGGCUCGCCACCCUCGUGCCUGGCCUACCCGUGCGCCGCCGCCGCCGCGGUGCUGUCCCCCGGAGCUAGGCUGCGGGGCGCGGCGGCGGCUGCGGCGGCUGCUGCGCGGCGGCGCAGGAGGGUGCGCUCCGAGGCGGAACUCCAACAGCUGCGGCAGGCGGCUAACGUGCGCGAGCGGCGCCGCAUGCAGUCCAUCAACGACGCCUUCGAGGGCCUGCGCUCGCACAUCCCCACCCUACCCUACGAGAAGCGCCUGUCCAAAGUGGACACGCUGCGUCUGGCCAUCGGCUACAUCAACUUCCUCAGCGAGCUGGUGCAAGCCGACCUGCCUCUGCGUGGCGGCGCCGGCGGGGCAGGCGGCGCUGGCGGAGCGGGAGGAGGCGGGCGCCUGGGCACAGACAGCCUCGGCAGCCAAGCCCAGAAGGUCAUCAUCUGCCAUCGUGGCACCCGGCCGCCCUCCCCCAGCGACCCGGACUAUGGCCUUCCUCCUCUGGCUGGACAUUCUCUCUCUUGGACUGAUGAAAAGCAGCUCAGCGAACAGAACAUCAUCCGGACAGCCAAAGUGUGGACCCCUGAGGACCCCAGGAAGCUCAGCAACAAAUCUGCUUCCUUCCACAGCGCCGACAGCGAGCUGGCCCUGGAGUUCGUGUCCUGA